AAAGAGACUGGCGGAGCGGGGGCUGGAUGAUAAAGAUAGUGGAGGAGGGAAAGAGAUGUGGAGAGAGAAGAGGAGCAGGAGAGUCAGGAGCCACUUCUACUGCUGCUCUUUGAAAGUCUUGCCAGCCGGACUUAGAAGAGCAUUGGUGGUAUAAAUACCCAGAGUAAACAGGAUUAAAAGAGCAACUGACUCCAGAGUAAGUGUGAAGUGGGUGAGAGAGAUUGAGAGAGGGUAAAGUGCAAGCAUUAGUUGUGCUUAUCUUCAUCUUUUAAUUGGAGCCUGGCUUUACAACGAACUUGGGAGGCAUCAUCACUUCUCACUUCACUGAACCACACACACAACUAGCAUCCACUCAACAUCCAUCCUUAUCCUAAUCAAAAUAUAUGUUGGUCCUGAAGUGUUGGACAGUUCAGACCGGACAGUUGUAUCCAUCUCUUUGGAGUUCAGCAGUGCCGGAGACACACACGAGUGCUCACACCAUCCACGGACAUCAUCAUUGAGUUCAGCAUCAGAUGAAACAGAACAGUCCAAGUGUCACAAUGAAAAGUGAGAGGUGCCGAAGAGACUUUACACCUGUUCAGACAUGGGGCUCCUGGGAGAGCACGCAGCAUUAAAAAUACAUGUCCCAAAAGAGCAUUCUGGUCUCAACUAGCACACACCAGGCCCUGCCAACCUACAAUAAAUCAAUACCCGAGCACUGAGCAUUUCUUCAUCAAGACAUUUCUCUGUGGCCGCAAACGUAAUGAGUUUCGUGAGCGCUCGCUGAGCAGAAUCAGUUUUUGUGGACAUCAAUUUCACAGCUCUGGAAACACACUGGGACUACAAACAGGAAGAAAUCUAUAUAUGCACAGUUUAUGAAGCUGACGCCUGGCCUUUAAGAAAGCUUUUCUUGGGUAACACUUCAAAGAUUUUGGCACUUUGAAGACACUGGUUUGCUCUGUCAAAAUCCCAGCUAUUUUUAUUUCAGUCAACUUAUUGUGUCACUACAGAAUUCGCUUAAAAUAAUUUUGACUCACAUAUCUGUCUAGAAAAGCAGGGUGAAAACAGAAGGGAAGAUUACUGUUGAAAUCCACCAGCAUUGCACAGCUCGUCUACAGUCUGUUGCUAACCAAGGUUUUCUAACAUCUUAAUCUUUUUACAUGCAAAGUGAAGCAACAUUAGCAUAUUUAUGGGCUGACAUACAUCCAAUCAUGUAAAAUGUGCUACAUGAGCCUUGCAUUCAGCCAUCAAGCGAAGAAACAAAUAGCUUCCGACAUGUAAAUAUGCAAGAGCUCUACGCAUUUAAAACACAGACUAAAAUACGUCCUCACCCCACGCUACCUCAUAUGAGAUGGAUGGGAGAAUUUGACAGAGCAUGAGCCAGUGCUUUGAUCAAGAUUUAUGUUACUGAGUGUAAAUAACAAUUAAGCCAUUGGUUUAAAACAAAUGACACAUUUUUAAGAGUGUUUUCCAUUCAGUGGCAAAGGUUCACUUAAUGUUGUCACCUCCACGCCUUGAAAGAGACAUCGGAAAAUGGAUAGGCUAGAUGAACUUGAGCAUCCACUGUUGGCUAACAGUCCCAAAAACCAAGGUGGAAGAAGCAGUCUGUUUAAAGGCAUAUUGGUGAGAAAUGAGCAGGACAAAAGACUGCCCCCUCUGGAUUGGAGGAAUUAUUGCAGCUCUACAGAUAUUCGUCAGCAGCAACUACUGGACCCAUGUUCAUUAACUAGCACUCUAGAGACACUUUACCCACCAACUAGCAUUUGGGCGGCUGCUGACUCGCUGGGCAUCCACAGUAAAGAGUAUGUGGAAACCACUUUUGUGGACAUUGGUCCUGGUUCCUCUUUGGAAAGGAAGUUACUGGCAGAGACUAGAGAUGUCCAUAGUGUAUCUUACAGCAUGGAGGAUGGGGAUGACCUUUUGCCAGAUUUUGAGGACUCAUCCAGUGAUGACUUCAGUGAUACAGACAGUGAAAGCAACUUUCCCAUCAUGAUCCCUCAAGAUUACCUGGGCCUGGCUUUCUUCUCUAUGUUGUGUUGUUUCUGGCCUCUGGGCAUCGCUGCAUUCUAUCUUUCACAAAAGACAAACAAAGCAUCGGCACAGGGAGAUUUCCAGGGUGCCAGCGCCGCUUCUCGCCAGGCCCUGUGGCUUUCUAUCCUUUCAAUCGUUUUCGGCAUCAUCACUUACAUCUGCGCUAUCGCUGCCCUCAUCUCCUAUUUGUCUGGGAAACCACCUUAAAGACUAAUGCACAACUAUUCCCUCUCAUCUUUUUCAGCAACACACCUCCCUGGUUCCUAGUCACACAAACCGCUGCUCCAAACCAACUCACACGCAGUACCUGUAGUAAAUACAGCCAUUCAGCAGAGACCGCACCUCAUUUACAUUCAGUGCAUGGUUCAAGGUCAUGUCAGCCAUACAGUAAAAGUCUGAACCGUAUUUAGCACACAAAUGUACAGCAAUAGAACAAAGUGGAGAUGCAGCACAUAACAGUGUAUUUAUUGCUCAAAGCUUUGGGUAAAAAAACGAAAUAUAAUUGAAUCACUGUAAACAUGCACAAGAAAGAUCGGCAAACUGGCACGGAAUAGCGACUGAGCUCAACAAGGACAGCAAUAUCUGGACAUCACAACACACUUGGCUGCAUAACACUAGGACAAGCCCACAGAGACGGUGACUUUGAAUAAACUGGGUCAGUUUCUUCCGCAGCUUUAAAGCUGACCACUGAACUACUCACCAAAUUAAAGAUACCACAGUACAUCAGAAUUCAUUUGAUACUGGAUGCUUAAAGCUAUGCAGGGUCCAAUAUUAACAUUUGCCUAAUUUGAGUAAAACAAUAAACAUUUAAAUGACAUGUAUUGAUUAAAUUGUAUAUUUAAUUGAAACUUUCAAAUAUAAAUGCUUUUAAUUGAUACUUCAUAAAUACAACUACAUGGAAUAGACAUGAAUGAUAAUUUGAUUCUGGCAAAUAAGCAAUGCAAUAGAUUUAAAUCUGGUAUACAAGCUGUAAAAAUCCCAAACAUCAUGAUUCCUAAUUUAGAAUUCCUAAAAGAACAUACAAAACCCACAUUAAGCAAAAUUAUAUAUAAAAAAUUUUAGGAACAAAGUCAUGUUUUUAUAUGUUUAUAUACAGUUUAACCAAGAAACUAGGAAUGACCUGUUUUUCAAAAUAUACAAAAUAAAACUUGUUUCAAAAUUCAUGUUCAGUAAGAAUAACUUAAGGCACUUAGUUGGUCUUGGACCCUCUGUGUACAUAAGAAUCACAGAAUUCUUUAAACACAAAUUCAAAAAAAAUGCACAGGCCAAAAUAAAGGGAUUAUGGUUAUAUUUUCAAAACAGUUCAUAUGUAAUAUAGGGGCCAAACACACGCUUUCACUAUGAACCAUUAUAAGCAUAUUAUACUAAGCUAAGCAUAUUAUGUUUUGCAGAUGUCAUUCAGACUGAUGUGAAAGAUCCUGUAAACUAGGCAGACAUUGAGGACAUUCAUUGGAGGUUAUGAAAUACAGUUUAACAGGAAUUCUGGGAUAUAUACCCACAUUUGUUUGUGUUACCAUCAAUUUAAACAGACAUAGUCAAUUAUUUCACACCAGAAAAACCUGCAUGGGGCCUUUGUUGUAGCACUCUAAUAAUACAUAUUGACAAUUCAACAUUUGGUAAUGUCCAUAUUUGACCCAACCAAAAAUAUCCAACAUUUGUAUAGUGUAACCCUGUUGGAAGAUUAAAGUUUUCCUUGAUAAACAUUAGUUUUUACAACAAUCUCACUUAAAUGGUUGAAUGAAGUGUGAAACACAAUAAAUCACAUAUCAUAAUUAAUAAUUAAAUGCACAAUGAUUGCCCCCUAUUUCAACCUAAUAUUAUAUUUAUCAGUGUCAUUUCAUAUAUAAUCAGAAUAUCAUUGUCAAAUCAAAAUGCAGAUAUUUGUUUAUUUAGUUUGAUUUGUGAAUAUCCAUACAAUAGAUCUAUGUAACCAGUUUAAACAUAAUGAUUCCCCAAAUUAGAGUAGAGUAUGUCCAACAUAUCAGUUUCAAGAGGUCAACUACAUAAUACCUUAAUAACAGCAGUAUUUUAUUUAAAGAUUGAGAUGUGCCCCUUCCAAAAAAAGAAAAAAACUAGGCUCCAAACUUUGCUGUAAUUUUGCAGCUGGUUGCCAGUAACUUUCUGUAGAAGAUAAAGUCUGAAAAUGUUCAUUUAACUUUGAACAAAAUGUUGCCAGUAAAUAACAUAAAUGUAAAAUCUACAGUAAGUUACUGGCAGCUAGUUGCCAGUAAGACCCAUUAAUACUGUAAUUUCUACAGACAUUUUUUACAGUGUAAAACAACAUUCACUCUAAACUGCCCAUGCAGGUGCCCUCUUAGAUCACUGCGGUUUAAAUUUGGGUCAUAUAAUGGUGCAUUCCCUCAUCGUGCUGGAGAGGGGAGAGACAGCCCAACCCUCUCUGUUUAAUUCCCAUUGCCUCUGUGAUAUCAGAAAAUUGAAUGGAAACCUACACAAACAGCCACGCUCUCCAGUGUACAGGUCAAAGUGCUGCAGUUUAUUCUUAGUACAGUAAUAGGGACCAGGCAUUAAUUUAUUCCUCCUCUUCAUUAAUCUUGUGUAAAUGUGUAUGUAAAUUUCACAGAAUCCUGUUAUGAACUAAUAAAUGCACUUGAUUAAAGGUUUAA